UACCCAAGGUAUUAAACAACAACAUGCAAUGUAUUCAUCGGAAAAACACUAGCGGCGACGUAGUUUUAAAGGCGGAUAUGUUAUAUGUAUAGGCGUAUACAAAAAUUACAGAAAAAUAUGCACGCCCGCCGUUCCCAGAUUCCUAAGAAAUAGACCCCAGAAGAAAACAAAAUCAUUACUAAUAAAAAAACACUAAUAAACAGAUGAAUUAUUGAUAAUAAUAAUAACUAAUAAUAAUUGAAAAACCCCUAGAAUUUUCAGCUGAGGGUUAAGCAAUCUAUUCAUAACUAAUUCUGCCUAACGCUAGCUGAUCAAACCAAUCUUCUUUUCUUGUCCUCUUCCUCCCUCCAACAUAGAUCUAUUCAUCCCAAAAAGCGACACACUUUCAAUUCAUUUCUGAUUCACACAACAAUAUAUAUACAAACGUGUUCAUCCGCCAAACGUCACUCUACAUUCCCAAAGCCUUUGCCGUGCCCGAGAAAAAGCCUUGACGUACGUCCUCACCAAAUUCAAAUCACCCGGAAAAAAAAGAAGUAGAAGAGAUAGAAAAGAAGAAGAAGAAAAGGGGACAAAAGCUAGCUUCAUCUCCUCAAUCCAAUUCUAAUAUAAUCCCUCCCCCAAAGAGAAGGGUUAGCGGGAAAACUAACUUAAAAAAGAGGGCCAAAGCUCUCUCUAUCUAUGGCGUCUUCCUGCAUAACCAACUGCAUGAACGACGUGGCAGUCCACCUGCCGAUCCGGCGGCUGGGCUCCAUCCACUACGUGCGGCUCUCCGAGCAGCAGCAGCAGCCGCCGCCGCUGCUCGGAGGGUCCGGAAGGUUCGCGAGCUUCGAGGAGCAGUGCGGGCGGCCGGGCCACCCGAAAGUGGUGGACAGCGUGUCGUGCAGGCAGCUGUACCUGAGGAGCUACACUUUCUCGAGGAAGGAGAGCUUCAACGACAGGACGAAGCGUCGUAUUGGGGAAGUCGCGGAGAGCGUGAAGAAGAGAGGGUUAGGGUUCCGGCUCCUGCCAGCUGGUCGCGGGGAAGGCCGGGAGAAGAAGAAAGGGAAGAAGAAGGGGGUGGUGGUGAGGAGAAGAUCGACGGCGGUGAUGUGUUUGGGGAAGGCGAGGAGGGUGACGUGUAGGGCUGUGAUGAAGGUGGUGAGGCGACUCAUGAUGUCUUGCACUACCAGGGUCGAUACGGCAGCGGAUGGGGAUUGAUCGAAUCGAGCCUGUCUUAGACAUUAUUGACGCCCGCCCCCCGGCUCAGUAGCUAAUUAAUCGCUGAAUUCACAGGAUAAUUAAUGGAGAGUAUGUUUUUCUUUUUUUAAUUAUUAUACAGGUGAAUAAAUUAUAUUAUCGUGUAUGCAUGGGUGUUAUAUAUACAGAAUUAAAAGUUCGUGUUGUGAAUGAAAAAAACUAGGGAUUUUCUAUUAUAAUUUCGUGUACUUUUUUCUCGAUCUCUCUUUUGUUUUGCUGUUCAUAAUUUGAGUAGUAGAGGGCCUAAGGGGCGGGAAAUAUUUAUAAUAUUGGCGCGUCUAUUACAUUAUUAUAUUAGGAUUAUAUACAAUUUGGUUAGACAUAUGUAUAUAGGUUCCAUUUUGAUUUUGGUAUGAUUAAUUAUUGCUUAAGUUUACAUCACCCGAAGUCCAACGGCACCGGUCGUCACAGGCACAGGCUUCUUCUUUUGCCGUCCGAUCCCUUUCGCGCUGUGAAAGACUGAAAGCGAUUAGAGCGGCAUUUGGUUGGCGGGUGUUUAAAGAAGUGUCCUUUGGUGGCGUUUCAAACUAGUAAUCCAAAGAGUGGUAACAAAUCAGAGGAUUAAUUGCAAAUCUGGUUGCUUUUUUUUUAAAGAAAAAAAUAGCAUCACAUCAAGGUGGUAUGAUUUGUACGAGGGAUAGCAAAAGAUGCGAUUUUGUAGAUUUUGUAGUUUUGAUUUUAUAUCCUAUUAUUUUUUUUCAAAAAAAUAAAUUUAAGAGAGUAAUUGAAUGGGAAAAAGAAACAGGAUAACCAUUAUCAUAUAAUCGAAAGAUCUCUUUUCCAUGAGAUGAUAACGCUAAAAAGGCUUCUUUUUUUCUUUUGGAGAAAUGAUAAAACUAAUAAAAGUUGAUAAUGAUUGUUGCCAUUCAUGGGCAAAUUUCGUGGAUGUCGUUGGUAUGGGUUCAUACGUAUUUUUAUACAGAUUAUACAAUAAGAAGCGAUGGGUAUACCAACAAAGCAUGCAACUGUAACUGUUGGGUAUACCAAUUGUUGUACUUUUAUACAGAUCCACUUUUGCAGUGGGUCAAAAAGGAGCGUAGAGAAGAGGAAAGGCUGCUAAAUAUAUAUUUGGCGUGGAGGUGGAGGGCAGUCACGCCCGUAAAGUAAAGCAAAAAGAAGAGAGUUGGGAGGGAGGGAGGCGCAACCGAUGGAGACUAUUUGCAGAAUAUGAUCAGAAAUUAGUAGUUGAGAUCCUAGUCAGUCAUCCACCUUUCUUUCAUUUCCCGCCUGUGAUUUACAAAGUUCAGUCACACUCGAUCAGGGCUAUAAGAAAAUCAAGAAAAUCCAAUCAGGAGUUUGGCGUCACAGUUUCCAUUGGGUAACAUAUGAACUAUUCUUCUUACUAGAAAGAAUACAUAAAUGGAGAAUGGAAUGGAAUUAUAUAGGUACAACACUAGAGACUGUAGAGCAGAGACGUAACGUAUUAAUCCAGUCCCUGGAAAGGGAAAAAGCAAUGGCUGCAAUUUCAUUUCUCCUGUACUUAAUAACUAAAAAUCGCCGUCCCUCCACCAAAAGAAAUUUUAAUAAUUCAACGUAAAAGAUAAAGUUUCAUUGAUUAC